UGGCGUCUGCUCAUCAUGUUCAUUGGUGGUGAGGGUCGUGCCGUAUAACCCCUCCAGUUCCACGACCUGCCAUCUGAAGACCCCUCUCCCGACGUCCUCUCGGAACCCGGCCCAAGGUGGACAAGGUUACGUCUUCUGACCGCCGCCGCACCCUGGUGCUGGCUGGGCCCCAUCCUCUCCUCCGCCUUCCUCUCCCCCAGGCCUAGGUCGACUCCAGUCCACCGUCGUCACCCCGUGCCCUAUGACUUCGCCCAGAACCGUAGAUGGGCCUUCUACCCCCACUGUCCAGGGGCAAUCCCCUCAAAACGGAGCCGCACGACGCCGCCGUCGGCUUUCCGUCGAAGAGGAUUAUUUCUACGAGCAAGUCAUGACGACAAGCCCGCGACGACCUCCUGCCGAGCCGCCACCGCCCUAUCGGCCUUUCGCUGGCCGUAGAACUCUGUCGAGAGCAGUGCCCAAGAGACGAUCCGACGAUGUCCUGCCGCCCUAUUCCACCGACAUCGACCUCCAGGGCGUCUGGGAAACCAAAAUGGAGAUCGAAGACACCAACAAGCGUGCCGACAGUCGCCAAUGGAGUACCGUCCUGAUCGAACUUCGCGGCACCCAAAUCAAGCUGUACAGCGUCAAAAAUGACUGGGCGCAAUGGGGCUGGGGUGUCACCAAGGACUGGGUGACAGCCAUGUCUCCCGACAACCCUCCUUGGGUGCGUAAGGGUGCCCUGCUUCGCGCCUAUACGCUUCAGCACGCAGACGCUGGAAUCGCCGCUGACUAUAAAAAACGUCGCAAUGUGAUACGUCUUCGUCUCGAAACAGAUCAGCUUCUCAUUGCGUGCGUUGAAUCCACGACCUUCGUGAAGUGGCUCGAUGCCCUUUUUGCUGCCAUGGCCAUUGCAGAACCGCUUGAGGAGCGGGAGUUUCCCCCCGAUCAGAGCAUUCCCAGGACCCAUCGGUCUCGGUGGCUUCGUACGUCUAGCAGCUUGCCAGGAAGACAUUACUAUCCUAUUCCGACGCCCCGGCCCCUGAGUCAACUUCGUCUCACCCCACCCAAUGGGGGCAAUGAUUCCAGGGCUGCAUCUCGCGAUUACUCCCCGAACCAGGCAUCCAGUAUGAGCCUCGCCCUCAAUGUAGACCCGGAGACCAACUCAUCGCCGGCGCCCGAGUCGCAGAACCCGGGACAGAACCCCAAGCCAGUCCUCCCCUUCCCAUUCCCGUCGCCCACCUCCUCGCCUACCUUAACCCCGAGCUCGGCUGUUGCUUCUCGCCACGGACGGAUGCCGGCCGAUCGUCCUUCCACCCGUCGCUCUGCCGCUUCUGCAUCUACCUAUCGUCACCACGCCACGGCAUCCGUGACAGAUCUCUGCCGGCCUUGGCACGCGUCCACCGUCGCGCCCACGGGGAAAUGGACGCCCCACCAUGGCAUCUGGACCGUCGAGGACGACAUUCGAUACGCAAGGUUAUGCUUCUCCGUGUUGCUAUAUCAGAGCCCACGAAAAUCGGAAUACGUCGUGCUAAGGGGCACCCGCUGGUUCGUGGACUGGGAAACAGGACGGAUGAUUAGAGUCCUGCCGCCCAGGUAUGGCCAGUUUGACAAUGAUCGGCCUGCCAGGAGACUCUUACACUAUUAGCGCUGCCCCUUGGCGCUGCCAUCAUGGCAAUCAUAUGAUGGAAGGCGACUUGUUCAGCGAAUGGUGGUCUGCCUAUUUUCCCCGACAUUUUCUUUUUCUUCU